GCAGCUCAAUCCGACUCUGAAUAUCAAUAUAUUGAGUAUUAAUUACCAAACGGUAUAAGAAUACAGUAUCCACAAUCAACUUAGCACAUGAUUGCGUGCCAGCCAACAAUUUUAUGAUUCUGAUUCGUUGAAUCCGGACCAGGCCUGUGAUUCAGAUCUGGGGAUUCAACUACUUGGAGGCUUUGAGUUAAUGAUAUAUCAAGUCAUACAUUGAUUUAGGUCCAUUAAUAGAUAUGCUGAGGCGGAAGAUGGCCACUCGUGGCUACGAAAAUCGAUUGCGAGAAGCGCAGAAAAACCUGCCAACGAAGCCUGAUCUAAGCAUUCCGAUAAUCCCAAUCCUUACACCUGCAGAUUCGGAAUGGAUCUAUAUAUCGCCCACUUGUUAUUAUGCAGGGACUGGUCCUGUGGCAGAAACCUUUGGAAGUGAAGUAUCAUCUCCUGACACCUCUGCUGGGGAUUCGGAUGAGUGCAUGGGCUAUAAGCUCAGAGAUGCUAGACUCGAGCUUAAAAUUGAUAUCCUAGAACGUAUAGAACUAGCAGUGGACAAUGCUGAUCGCGCGGAGGUGAUGAAAUUAAGACGGAGGUUUGAUCGAUUAUCAGUCGCAAUAACAGAAAUGGAUUCUCAAAUAGAAGAUACGGAAACUGAAGAAUUGAGAGUCGAAGAAGCAGAACUGCAAGAGGAAUUGAGAAAAGCGAGAGCCGAGUUAGCAUCAAGGAACGCAAAAUUUGCCUCUGUCGAGAUGAUCGACGACGAACUGAGCGAGGAUGAAAUAGACGAGAAUGAAACGAAUGAGACCGAUGCAUCGAGAGCGAAUGGGAGGAGAGAGAGCAAAUUUAAAGAGGAGAUAACAAACGACGAGAUAGAGGAUCACAAAACGGACCAGCAUAAAAUGGGCGAGGAUCAGAAGGAAAAAUACCAUAAUAUGAAAGAAAUAGCUCUUGGUUCGCUCAGGGAAACCGUUCGGAAAGAAUUGAACGACGAGCUCGAGAAAGCAUUUAGGAAGAACAAAAACCUGAACUUGCAGGAGAGCAAGGGCGCACACUCGCCCAAAAAACGCAAAUUCGACGAACAAGAACAAUCCAAUACAUCGAACCCUAUUCCAUCUUCGCCAGAUGUAAAAUCUGGCAGUCCGGAAACAGCGUGGAUAGAUACGGUACCGUUAUUGAGAGAGUUAAACACACAUUUGGCAGAGUGUAAAAUCAGUAGUUCAGCAGAGGAGACCAUGGCCAUUCGAUCGUGGAUUGACAAGGGAUUCGAUACUGGAAUGAGAAGACUAAUGAGAAACCAACCUAUUGCUGAAAUACUAGCUUCGUGGGACAACAAAUAUGAAGAGGAGGGACUGAAUAAUGUUCUGAAGUCAAUUGUAGUAGUAUACGAUUCGAUUGAAGAUUUACACACGCUUCGUACGCAUUAUGAUCGAAUUCUUGGUGAACUGGUGCUCUCAAUACAUUCCAUAGCAACAGUACGAGGUUCGGGGACGGACAAUUGUGAAACAGAUUUUGGAAAAUUGGCGUUAUAGAUUCUUGGAAAGCUUUUAUCUUCCUCUGAGGAGAUAUGCCGAAUUCGGGUUUGAAUUGGUACUUCAUAGGAUGUACA